AUGGCAUCUAGUUCUGCUCCAAUUUCUACUCCAGUUUUCAACGGUGACCAGUACCAUGUUUGGGCUGUCAAGAUGAAAACAUAUCUGAAGGGCCAUGGCUUGUGGCAAUAUGUGGAAGAGGAGAAGCAAGUUCCCCAUCUUGGACCCAACCCAACGCUGAACCAGGUAAGAGCUCAUGAAGAAGAAGCAGCCAAAGCUCCAAAAGCAUUAUCUUGUAUACAUUCAGCCAUGACAGAUCAGGUCUUCCCCAGGAUCAUGGCAUGUGAGACACCUAAACAAGCCUGGGACACUCUCAAGGAGGAGUUUGGAGGGAGUAACCAAACAAGAAAUAUGCAGGUUCUAAACUUGAGAAGAGAAUUUGAAGUACUCAAGAUGCAGGAGACAGAAUCUGUCAAGGAAUAUGUGGACAGACUCAUGGCUGUGGUGAACAAAAUCAAGCUGCUAGGGGAAGAACUAACCGAUCAGAGAGUGGUGGAGAAGGUCCUGGUCAGCUUACCUGAGAGGUUUGAAGCAAAAAUUUUGUCCUUAGAGGACUCCAAAGAUCUGUCCCGAAUCAGCUUGGCUGAGCUGGUUCAUUCACUUCAAGCCCAGGAACAAAGAAGGUCAUGCAAGCAGUAUGAACACAUAGAAAAAGUGUGUAAAAGGAAAGGAAAUCAGCAGGAGCAGCAGGCUGCAGUGGUGGAGGUCCAGCAACCAAAUCCAGAAGCAGAACAACUCUUCAUGCUUCAUGCACAAACCACAACAUAUGUGAUGAUGUAUGGCUGA